AUGAACGGCUCGGCGCCGGGGCCGCUGCCGGCGGGGCACCCCGGCCAGUGCGUGCCCAGCGACCCGGUGCAGUUUGUGCUGGUGCCCGUCGUCUACUGCCUGGUGCUGUGCGUGGGGCUGCCGGGCAACCUGGUGGCCUUGCUGGUCUUCCUGCAGAGCGGCAAGGUGAGGAAGGCCAUCCGUAUCUACCUCAUCAACCUCACGCUGGCCGACAUCCUCUUCAACCUCACCCUGCCCUUCUGGAUCCCCUACUACCUGGCGGGGGGGGACUGGCUGCUCUCGGAGGCUGCUUGCCGCCUGGCCGGGGCCGCCUACUACCUGGCGACCUACAGCGCCGUCACCUUCAUGGCGCUCAUCAGCUUCAACCGGUUCUGCGCGGUGCGGGGGGCCCGGCGGGACCUGCCGCUGCCGGGGCGCCGGGGUGCGGCGCUGGCCUGCGCCCUGGCCUGGCUACUGGGGCUGGGCUGCGCCGUGCCCACCCUGGCCGCCCGGCAGACCUUCCCUGCCCGCGCCGGGGCCACCGCCUGCUUCGAGCAGCAGGGGCGGCGGCGGGCGUACGCCUACGCCGUGGUGGGCUUCUUCGCCGCCGCCUUCCUGGUGGUGCUGGGCGCCUACGCCUCCAUCGCCCGGGCGCUCUCGGUGCCCGCCGCCGCCUCGCCGGGCUCCCACCGGCGGCAGGCACGGGCCAUGGUGCUGGGGAUGCUGGUGGUCUUCGUGGUCUGCGUGGCCCCUUACCACCUCACGCUGGCCCCCUGGGUGGACAGCCGGCCCGCCGUGCCGCUCUGCGGGCCCCCCGCCGCCCUGGACGUGCUGCACACCCUGAGCGUGGCCUUGCUCAGCCUCAACAGUUGCCUCGACCCCCUCGUCUACUGCUUCUCCAUCCGGCGCUUCCGCGCCGACCUGGGACGGACCCUGCGCAAGAUCAGCCGGUGCCUCCCACGCUCCCCGCCGGCCCCCCCCGGGCCCGUGCCCAGCACCCACGCAUCCUCCUUUGCCUCCUCAUAG